AUGGUGUCAAUAAACCAUCAGAGCGCCUUGGCUGACGCUCACCAGACAUCUCUCGCCAUUCAUCGUGUCCGCUUUGUCAAUUGGUCGCCUUCCACCGUCACAGCCAUCGCAGUAUCGCCAUCCUUCGCAGGCACCGCAAGAGGCCUUCUCGCCAUCGGCAGACAGAACGGCAACAUCGAGCUUUGUACCUGGGUCGGUCCUCGCGCAGCUCAGAAGUCCGAAUUCGACGACAGGUCCUUCCAGUCCGAUGCAGCUGGCUGGGCUGUCCACACCAUCUUGCCCGGUCAGAUCAAUUCCAAGAUCGAGCAGCUCUGCUUUGUCAACCCGCCGAACCAGGAUUCAACUCAGGCACGCAAGUUGCGUCUAUUCAGCAUCUCUGGUGGCUCUAUCGUAACAGAGCAUUUCAUCCCGCUCCACCUCGCCAAGCUCGGAGCUCGAAGGGACGUCGACGUUGACCAAGAUGCUGAAUCCAGCAGAUCAAAGCCAGGCACCGUCUCUUCGCUCUUUGGCAGCAAGUCAGCGUCCAACCUUGACCCGCACUAUCCCGGCGAGACGAGGACCCUGCCUUCCCUUGCCGGCGCAGUGUGGAGUAUGGCGCCUAGCGCCACCGGCCGAUACCUUGCACUCGGCUGCGAAGAUGGCUCCGUCAGGAUCAUCGACCUCGAAAACGACCGCUUCGAGCAUCUCGCCAGCACCUCUGGUCAAGACCGCAAAAUCGUGCCUAGGUUCGGCAAGGCAAAGGGCAAAGUCAUCAGCCUUUGCUGGGGUCCACCGAUUCGCUCCAGCAAGCCAUCUUCCCAGCCUAAGACCUCCAACAGCGACGACGACAGCGAAAGCAGCAGCAGCAGUGACGACAGCGAUGACGAUGACGACGAUGAUGAUGUCGACGAUGCAAGUCAGUGGCGCGAGUCUUUCCUUGUAGGUGGGCUUGCCCUCUCAACCGCAGUAGUCUGGGAUGCAUCGACUGGAAACAUCUCCACCAAACUCACUGUCCAAAAGAAUCGCACCGAGUCUACCAUCGUAUGGAGUGUCGCCACCCUGCCCGAUGGCACCAUCGUCACUGGUGAUUCCACCGGUCGCGUCACUUUCUUCGACGCGCGUACGCGCAUCCCGAUCCCCGAGGCCACCUUCCGCGCGCAUGCUGCCUCCUCCGAUGUUCUCGCGCUCUGUGUCGGUCCCGACGGUAAAACUAUCUACAGUGCGGGCGUGGACCAGAAAGUAGCCGAAUACACCAAGAUUGACACUUCCAACGGUCGCGGCCGAUGGAUUCAGAUCGCGUCCAGGCGAUUGCACGCUCACGAUAUUAGGGCUCUGGCUCUCGAUCCGCCGUACUCUCCCUUGGAUGCCGCUCAAGCCAUUGUCAACAACACCGAUGGCAGCGUCAAGCCCAGUCGUCUUCCUGUCCUCCUCAGCGGCGGUGUCGAUUUCAACCUUGUCCUCACACCAGCAGCGCCGCCUUCGGCCAUCGUAAGAGCGCAGAAGUCUUCGACCAUCGCUUCCAUCCCUUCUGCUGCAGCCAAGUCAAAGCAGCCGACUCUCAAACAGGUCGAGCAGGAACAUGCUUCCAUCAACCCCAUCUCUUCCAACCCUCUCACCACCUUCGCCGACACCACGCAGCGCCGCGUGCCCUUCGUGCCCACCGCCUCGCGCAGUGGAUUGCUGGGAGGCGGAUCCGUCGCGGCCCUCUGCCCUAGCAAGGGCUGGAUCGUUCUGCGUCGCGAACAGUCUAUCGGCAUCUGGGACCUCGGAAGCCAGUCCGAGCUGCUCUCGGUCGCACAAGCAUCUCAGGCCGGCGAGUCGCUGCAGCAGAAGGCUCCUAGCUGGGCAAAGCUGCUCGAGAUGGAAGUCAAGGUCGACUCGAACCUCGUCUGCGUCGCCAUCAGCAACGACGGCCGUUACCUCGCGCUCUCGGACCUGUACGAGACCAAGCUGUUCGAACUCAAACAGCGACGUCGACCUGAUGGGGAGCCCGUCGAGAUCGAGCCCAAGAAGAUCAAGAGCUUCGGUAGGGUGUUUGGUGGUCAGGAGAGGAUCGCUCCCUCGGCGAGCGCGUUGAAGUUUUCGCCCGAUUCGACGAGACUGGUCGUAUGCUCCCUCACCGGCGCUUACGUGCACAUCAUCGAGUUGCCCUCCAACCCCAACGGCGACACCUGCAAGCUUCUGCGCAGCUUCGGCCACCACCGAAAAGCCGCGUCCACCGCCAACGACCAGAGGCAGAUCGCUGGCCGCAAAGUCAACGGCGAUCUCAAUGGCCACGCCAACGGCACCCACGCCGCACAGCCGCAACCGUCGGAUCGAGUCGAGAGGACCACGACGACGAUCAUCCAACACGCCGAGAUCUCGCACGACGGAGCGUGGCUCUCCACCAUGUCGUCCGAUCUGCAGCACCACAUCUUCUCGUUGGAUUCGUUGACGUACGGACGCACGCUGCCGUCGCCGGCGAGCCUGCCUUCGGGGGUGGUGUUCCACCCUUCGACGUCGGCGAGGUUGAGCAGCAUGCUGACGUUGGUGUUUGCGGACAACAAGGUCGAGUUCUGGGAUGUGGAGAGUGGGAAAGAGCUCAUCACGGAUGCGGUACCAACGGUCCCUGCUGCACACAACGAAGGCGGCCUCAGCCGAAGCCAACGCAAACGGGCCAACCAACAAGCUCGAUCCGCUGCCCCCACCACCGCCACCCCUACCUCGGCCACCGACUCCCGCACCGCCCUCAUCUCCUCCCUCACCUCGCUCAAGCACACCCUCCAGCUGCGCCUCUCUUCGCUCCGCGACUUUUCCAUCUCGGCGCUCUGGUGCGGCGACGCCUCGAGCGCCGACCUCUCGCGCUACACGCUCGUGCUGUACGGCGCCACGUGGAUGUGCACCGCCCGCGCCGUCUCCGUUGAGACGCAAGACGCUCAGGGGGAUAUCGAGAUGCACGACGACGCCGACGUCGCCACUGCUGCUGCUGCCGGCGGCGGUCCGGCGUGGGUGGUGAGGACGACGGCAAAGUACCAGCCGCUGUUGCUGGUCGCCCAGCUGGCGGUCGAGGACGCGGAUAAGACGGCGGCACACCUGGUCGUGGUCGAGAGACCCUACUUUGAGCUGGCGAAGAAGCUCCCUGCCGCUUUCCACCGUGGUGCUCGAUACGGAGCCUAA